GGAGCCGUUCCCAGGGUGCGCUCGGUGUCCACAAAGCGCCAGCUGAGGGGCCGCUGCGGGCCGAGCGCCGCUGAGCCUGCCCGCCGCCUCCCAGCCUCGCCGGCCGGCCGCACCGCCUCCGCUGCGUCCUCGCGCCCCAAGCAGCUGCGCGAGCCCGGGCGGGGAAGGCAGGGCCGGGCGGGCGCUGCCUGCGGAGAGGCCGGGGGCCGGCCUGCGUGGGACCGCGCGGCGGCGACGACUCCGGCGACCGCGGGCCGGGCCGGACACCAGCGCAGGGCCAUGGCCGAGGCGGCGCCGGCUCCGACUUCUGAAUGGGACUCUGAAUGCCUUACAUCCCUGCAGCCCCUUCCUCUUCCCACGCCCCCAGCAGCAAAUGAGGCGCACCUGCAGACCGCAGCCAUCUCCCUGUGGACGGUGGUGGCAGCCGUGCAGGCCAUCGAGAGAAAGGUGGAGGUCCACAGCCGGCGACUCCUACACCUAGAAGGACGGACAGGGACGGCCGAGAAGAAGCUAGCCAGCUGUGAAAAGACAGUGGCUGACCUUGGGAACCAGCUGGAGGGCAAGUGGGCCGUGCUGGGGACCCUGCUGCAGGAGUACGGGCUGCUGCAGAGGCGGCUGGAGAACCUGGAGAACCUGCUGAGGAACAGGAACUUCUGGAUCCUGCGGCUCCCCCCGGGCAUUAAAGGAGAUAUCCCAAAGGUGCCGGUGACAUUUGAUGAUAUCUCCAUCUACUUCUCUACUCCAGAGUGGGAAAAACUAGAAGAAUGGCAAAAAGAACUUUACAAGAAUAUCAUGAAGGGCAACUACGAGUCUCUCAUCUCCAUGGAUUAUGCCAUGAAUCAACCUGAUGUCUUAUCUCAGAUUCAGCCAGAAGGAGAACAUAACACAGAGGAGCAGCCAGGACCAGAGGAAAGUGAGAUUCCCACAGACCCCAGUGAAGAGCCUGGCAUUUCAACAUCAGAUAUUCUGUCUUGGAUCAAACAAGAGGAAGAGCCCCAGGUUGGGGCCCCACAGGAGACCAAGGAGAGUGACAUGCACAAGGGCGCCUAUGCUGAUGAAGAUCUCGUCAUCAAAGCCGAAAGCCUCGCCAGAGCCUCCUUGUGCCCAGAGGUCCCAGUCACCUUCUCUUCACCACCGGCCGCGAAGGAUACUUUUUCGGAUGUGGCUUUCAAAAGCCAGCCGUCCGCCUCCAUGGCGCCUUUUGGACGUCCGGCCACGGACCUGGCCGAAGCCUCUGAGGGCCAAGUGACCUUUACUCAGCUGGGCAGCUACCCCCUGCCCCCUCCCGCCGGGGAGCAGGUGUUCUCGUGCCACCAGUGCGGCAAGAGCCUCAGCCAAGACAUGCUGCUGACCCACCAGUGCGGCCACGCCGGGGAGCACCCCCUAGCCUGCGCCCCUUGCCCCAAGCACUUUCCCCCGCAGGCCGAGCUCGGUGGCAGCUCCCAGCCCCACGCCAGCGAGACGCCCCCCACCUGCCCGCACUGCGCCAGAACGUUCACGCACCCGUCGAGACUCACCUACCACCUGCGCGUCCACAACAGCGCUGAGCGCCCCUUCCCCUGCCCCGACUGCCCCAAGCGCUUCGCCGACCAGGCGCGGCUCAGCAGCCACCGGCGCGCGCACGCCAGCGAGAGGCCGUUCCGCUGCGCGCAGUGCGGCCGCAGCUUCAGCCUGAAGAUCAGCCUCCUGCUGCACCAGCGGGGCCACGCGCAGGAGCGGCCCUUCUCCUGCCCGCAGUGCGGCAUUGACUUCAACGGCCACUCGGCCCUGAUCCGCCACCAGAUGAUCCACACGGGCGAGCGGCCGUACCCGUGCCCCGACUGCAGCAAGAGCUUCAUGCGCAAGGAGCACCUGCUCAACCACCGGCGGCUGCACACCGGCGAGCGGCCCUUCAGCUGCGCGCACUGCGGCAAGAGCUUCAUCCGCAAGCACCACCUCAUGAAGCACCAGCGCAUCCACACGGGCGAGCGGCCCUACCCCUGCGCCGACUGCGGCAAGAGCUUCCGCUACAAGCAGACGCUCAAGGACCACCUGCGCUCUGGCCACGGCGGGGGCUGCGGGGCCGACAGCGACCCCUCCGGGCAGCCGCCUGGCCCCCCGGGGCCCCUCCUCCCGGCGCUCGAGGCCCCCGGCCUGGCCACGAGCACCGAGGGGCUGGAGGCCAGUCAGUGGUACGGGGACGGGAGCGGAGGGGCCGUUCUCUGAGCCUCGCUCCUCCGGUGGCUGUCUGUGCUCCCCGGUUUCCAGCGCCCGAGAGCCCCUCCACGCCCUCCACCCCCUGCAGCGAUCGCUCUGCGGCUCGCGGGCGACAGGGGAUCGCAGACACUUGACUAGAGACAUGCUGGAAGUUUGGAACUUCACAACAUCCCAAGAACACAUUUCGAAAUCCGGAAAGACCUGGAAGGGAGCCCAGCAUCCCGAUCUUUACAGAAGUAUUACCUAAGCAGAAGUUAUGUAAGAGGGUUGCAGAGAGGUUGGAAAGCGAGAUUUGGCCCGGGUUAGUCCAUCCCAGGGUGAUACGUUGAUAAUGACUGUGGCUCUCGGUAGAGACAGGUGCAUGGGAGGAGCCUCCAGAUUUGGAAGCCCAUCAUGAGGCAUGAGGGUGUUUCAUUGAACCUCAUUGAUUCCCUGAUGGUAAGAUAGUUGUUAGAAGAGAGUGUUGGACCCUUCGGGCCAGUGGUACCGCUUCUCCCUGGUAGGAGCUUAAAGUCGGCUCCUGUGCUCAUGCGCCGCCUCUCCCGGAAUGGUAACUCAAGACUGCCUUCCUAGGUUUCCUAGACUAAUUCUUCUGAUACGUUUUGUUUAAUUUGGGGGGGGGGCAAGAAGUCUGACUUUUAAAGCUUCUUAAGGAGAACGGGUCUUUGAAUAGUUUGAUUUGCAGAAUUCAGGCUUUUACUGGCAUUUAAACUGCUGGGAACAUUUGCCGAGGUCCUGGUUUAAAAAGUGGGAGCAGUGUUCUCCGAACUAGCUUUAAAAUCUAGGGAGCCCAGAGAAAUUUCAGAUGAGCCUAAAAUGUGUGCCUGAACCAUGUUUCUUAUAAGGAGUCAUUUAUGUCCAAUUUUUCUGUAUUUGCAAGCUAAUAAGCUGAUUUUUCCGUUCCUGGUGUCUUGUGUUCUUGACAGUCCUCAGCAGAAAAGAUCACAGCACUUUCCGGAAGCGUGAUGGAGCUUCAGAAAAUGCCAGUGGAUCUCAGUUUUCAUUUCCCCGGUUGUGAGAUGGUGGUGUUAUAAUGCGGCUUUCCUGGGCCAGCAGGGCGUGGGUUCACCCCUUCUGACUCUCCCCAUUGGCAGUGGGCAGAUUGAGGAACUCUCUAGAUCCCUGAGCACUAAGCACUACAUACAGACGAGGAUAGCCUCUUGCUACUUGUUCUGCUUUUAGGGAUCUUGGCGACCAUGUGUUAUUUUGUCGGGGACGUUCAGUCAGAGGAGAGCGUCUGAGUGUGGUCCUCCUCAGUGGCUUUGCAGUGGGGCAUAAGUCCCUUUCCCUUUAGAGACUGCAGAUUUUCAUCUGUACAAUGAGGCCGGUGGAAGGAUUAAAGUGAGCUGCUAGAAAUUUAAAAAAAAAUCAUAAAACUUGUGACACAUUUCUUCUGCCAAAAUUCUCUGUCUCUGGCUUCUAUCCAGGCAAAGCCAAAUAAGACCCCCUAAAUCAGAGCAGAGACAUUCUUGUUGAAACUUGAUUGAAUUCGAUUUGUUUUACUCUUGCUGGGAGCCCGAGUUGGGAGACAGAGACGGCCCUAAGUCUUGGGCAGUAAAGCUGUUUAUUCCUACACUCUGUUUCCCCUGAAUCCUUCCAAAAUGCCUGGAAACAAGGUCUGCAAGUACUUAGAACACUUUCUUGAUGAAAUAAUAAGGGAGAGACCCAUUUUUUCCUUAUCACCUAGCUCAGCCUUCACCUGGCCUACCUCUGCCGAAACACGCUAGGAAAAAGUGUUACCCUAGCUAGCUUUGCUCCUGGGAAGGCUCUGUCUGAACACGCUGCUCUUUAGAAUGACUGUACUUAGGGAACAUCUGCUUGGGACAUUCACAACACCAGGGGUCUGGGAGACCUAAGAAAUGUGUGUGAGACCUAGUCUGCUGCUGUAAUUUAUAGUCUAAAGGUGAUAAAAACAAACAAACAAACAAACAAAAAAAACAAUAUAGAGCAAAUCAAGAUGACUGAUGCAGUCAAAUGCUCUUCCCUGAGCUAUACCCCCUGAAGAUGACUGAUGAACAGAACUCUGGCAUAUUGGGAUUAAGAGCUUUCUAGCUAGAAUCCGGACCCAUGCCAUGUGUAAAUGUGGGGGUUCUGGGACUCCCAAAGCCAGGGUUCCAGCUUCACUGCUGACCCACUAGGAACUUGAUGUGCGACCCAGCUCCGGUUUGCACCUUGGUCUCCUAAUUAAAAGGGAGAAGAAUCAAAGUGCUAUCUUUAGGUGGUGAGCUCCCUUUUCUGGAGGCAUGUAAACAUUUGCCAGGGUAUGCUUGAAAAGGAUUCCUGUGUUAGGUGUGAUGUUGGUCUAGAUAAUAUCAGAAAUUCUUUUUUACUCAAAGAUUGAAUGAGGACACGGAGCUUGUUAAUGAAAGAGACCUGUGGGUUAAAAUGCUGCAGAUAGAUCCCACAGUCCUUUCUGCAAGGAACUGUAGCCAGCAGGGACCCAGACUUCGGCAGGCUGUGAACACGGUUCACAUACCAAUGAGGCAAGAGCCGUGAAGCUGAGUGAAAGGGAAUGGGCAGGGCCAUGCCAGAAGGAUGGAAGUGGGCGUUCUAGACCUCAGCCCCACGCACCCCAGGGGUUUUCAGCUGUGCAUUCCGGUCUCCUUUCCCUGCACCCAUCCUCUACCCCGUAGAACUCCAGGCCGGCUUGCGAAUUUGUUUGCUUAAGAUUCAAGGGCAGAUACAUAAAAUGCGCUCGGUGGGAAAGUUAAGUCCAAUGGAAAGGUUUCAGUGUGUGGAGAUGCUUGGUCCGUCAAGGGCUCCUGGGAGAACACGUGCACUUAAUUGUAGUUGAAGUACUGAGGGUUGGUUGUCAGGACGAGACAGGAGAGAGGAGAACCCAGAAACAUGCCCCCCAUCAUGUGUCCCCCGGGGUGAAGAAGCCCGUCGCACACAAUAGGCCUCUCUCCUCAGAGUAGAUCAAGAUGUCACUAUGACCAGAUUCACUCUGCUUACUACAUGUUUCAUGAGCCUCUGUUUCAGCCACAGAUGUGAAAAUAAAUGGAAGUUGAUUGCUUGUCUAGAAAGUGAGAGAAGUCUCUGAUCCUUUUUGCUGGAUAUUUGAUACUAGAAACACCAUAGCUGGGCUCUGGCUAGAGCAGUGCUUUACAUGACUUUCUCAAUAUUAAUAAUAACUGCAGAGUUCCCGGUGGGGGCCUCUGCUGGGCUUCUUUUUGGCGCAUUUUGGAGAGACUUGGAUGACCCAUGCCUAGCUCAACCAGGAUCAGACCCUAUGGCUUGCUGAGGAAUAACAAAUGUUCACGGUCUCAGUUCCUUUAGCCAUUCCAAACGGGAUGGAAAACCCAGUUUCUGCUCACAUUUUGUCUCAGGAGAGUCAGGUACCUCAGGCCUGCUCCCCAUCUGUCACCCCUUAUCGCAGCUGCUUGGACAACAAAAAGCUAUCUGGGCACCGCUCAGUGGCAAUGCCUAAAAGCCAGCCUUUCCCCGAAUGGCUUACAGAUGAGGAACUCUUACCACCAGAUUUGUUUUUUCCUGUGUGUUUGGUGGAUCUCUCGACCCUGCUCUGUUCACUUUACAAAGGAAGCACUCACUCCUCACAGGGUCUGUGUACAAGACAGUUUUAGACCAGGGAAGUGUCGGGCUCUUAGCAGUUCAAAGACCUCAAGUGAGGUCAGACUGGCAGAGAGUGGAGGAGGGUGGGGGAGUGCACAGACACUUAACUUGAGGACACACGUGGGCGAGUACAGCGAAAUGGGCCUAGACGCUGAGUCAGACCUGUUCUCAGGUCCUGGCAUCAUCACAAGUAACAUAUGUUACUUAACCGUCAGGAGCCUAGUUUCCUUAUCUGUAAAGUGAGAAAACGAGGUCUGUGUCUCAGAGGGAAAGGAAGCCGGUGUGAAGUCCUCAGCACUGAGCCUGCCACAGAAGGUGUCACUACGGCAGCUGUCAUCAAAGGUGUCCAGGACCGACCGGACAGACGGCCAGGUCCGGGCCACUCUACCGAAGCGCGUACGCCAUUGCCGGAUGUCUCCGCUUUCUGCCUGCCAUCUUCUCUGGUGUUUAACCUGUCCUCGUGCCCUGUCUUCUCUGCGCCUGCUGGCUCCUACAAGGUCCUGUGUACUGGGACACCAUGUGGCUCUGGUUCUUUUGUUCUUCAGAUUCUGAAGCAGGGAGCUGGCCCAGCUCCUCCUCCUCUACCAAGUCACACAAGUUUCCAGCCAAUACUUGGGUUGGCUGCCCUCGGGUUACAGGUGCACCUUGGUUCAGUCCACUAUAGUCAGGAGGAAAGGGCCUGUGUUCCCGCCACCAGCGUUCGUGGGCCCGGUAGAGUCACUUGGGAAUGGCAAAUGGUGGUCCAGACUGCACUUCUAGUAUUACUAGGAUCAGCGAGAAUCUUUGUUUCGCCUGUGACAGGGUUCCUCCAAAGACUUCUACUUCAUUCGGACUCUCAGAGACCAGUGCUUCUUGUCCUUAGUGUAAAGGACCUGGAAGGUACUAUUUAUGUAUCUUGCAAAAAGCAAUCUCUCACUUUCUAGAGGAUUCCUCCUCCCUUUAUGACCCUUCUCCAGUUUUCUUUUUGAACGUGUAACUCUCUGGUCAUAAUCAUACACAUAUCCACAAGGACUUUCGUCAACUUGGUCGAGUUGCCUCUUUGAAACAAAAAAGUAAUUCACGUUGGGACCAAUCAACUGCUAAAGAAGGCAGAUUGACAGAGCACAGUCCAGGAGACCUCAAAAGCAGUGUGAUGUCACUGCUUUCAGACAUCGCCAGGUCCAUUUCAAAUAUCUGACAAAAUCUCAUUGAGCCAUGUGGCUUUGUGUUUGUUUAUCAGUGAAGCCAGUAUUUACCAUAAAAUCUUAUUCUGAAAAGUAAGCUGCUCAAGAACAGAGGCCGUGUCUUGUUUUGUAUUCCUCGUGGGCCCUGUGCUGGAGGGACGUGGGUGCUCAACGCAUGAUCGCCCAGUGGGAAGACCCCCAGGGUGGGAGUGAAGAACUGGGUUCCGGUCCUUGUUGAACACUAACUGCCUACUUGAUACCAAGCAAGCCACUGAAUUUGUGUAGAUCUCAUUUUCCUAAUUCAGAUGGAACACGAUGGUAAUAUCCAAUCCCUUCCAGCUCUAAAAUCACGGAAUUUAAGAUUUUA